AUGCAAGAUGUAUGUACGGGUACUCCGUCCAAUGGACACGAGAUCGGAAAAAGACAAGCAAAGACCACUGAGUGGAGGAUAUAUUACAAGUACCGAUACAUGGUCGGAACAAGUCGAUUUGGCAGGCAUCCUAUCAAGCCGUCUUCAAGCAGAAACAAUGAGGAGAAGAGGAGAAGGAGGGGAGAUACGGCCAAGGCUCCUAAACAGCCGGUUCCUCAGGACGAUCGAAGGGAUCUCGUUGCGGCCGUUGAGUGGAUAACAAGCUCGGGAGUCGCUACGGGCGGAACGGACCUCGUGCUGAUAGCCUCCACCCUAAGAGUUGGUUCAUGGCCAUCGUUAAGCCGUCAAGGGCGGCCCGAAAAGACAAGAAUUGGCCGUCAUGUUCCUGCCCCGAUGGCACCUGGGCGUGUGACAGAUGCCACGGAGGCUGACCUCACGCUAGGCGCGGGCCUCAGAGGCCGUCCUGAACAGGCUGGGCGAAUUGUACGGCAGGUGGUAUUCUUAAGUUGGCACCGAGCCUCUGUAGCUACUAGGAGAUGGAACCAUCUCGUGCUCACCACUGCUGUCCAUCGUAAUUCGCCCAUGGCCGGCAAAAUCAACGAGCCACAAGGUAACGCUGAGAGUGCUUUUGAGUACUCGGAUGUCGUUCAAUUCCUGCCUGUCCAAUACGACAGUCGCCGUGAUCGGGCAGAAAGGAUACGGACUGGCGUACAAAGUAGGAAGGAGCCGAUGAGAUCCAAUCCGGCAAGAAAGCAGAUCGGUGUCGUCCAUCCGUCAGCCAGUCUCGUCUCUGUUGCAAGACGCUACCGCUGGGGGGUAACCAUGACCCGUGCAGGGACAGGGUGUCGACUUGUUGGUGUGACAUGGAGAUGCGAUAUCGGGGUUCUGCCAUGGAAUAUGCAAACCCGGAAAUGCCGGCAACCCUUGGUUGACCUGGGAUUCGAUAUCGGCAGAGGUCGAGACCGCACCUUCCCUAUACCGCAACGCUGUGCUUUAAACAAGUGGUGCGUGUGUGCCCCUGAUCCUCGUCGUGUUGGCGAUUGGGCAAAUCUGACAAAAGAUCUGUCCGGAUAA